CUGCUCUUGCUCAGGCUGGUUUCGAACUCCUGACCUCGAGCAAUCCACCUGCCUCGGCCUCCCAGAGUGCUAUAUAAUGUGGUAAGUUGUGACACACAUAUGUAUCCAGGAAGCCAUCCUGUCAUCAAAAUAAUGAACCAGGCCUGGUGCGGUGGCCCACGCCUGUAAUCCCAGCAUUCUGGAAGGCUGAAGUGGGAGGAUCACUUGGGAACGGGUUGAAUACGUCCAAUCAGGGCCUCAGAGGUGGAGCAAUAUCCAAUAGCAUGCUGGGGGUGGAGCAUGUCUAGAGCAUUGUCCUAUCGGAGGCUGGAGGGCGGGGUGUCGCUGUCCUGGCUGAGCAAAUGCUCCCGUCGCCCCGCUGGCCCCAGGCGUUGGAAUCCCCAGAGCGUUGUCGCCGCCGGGAGCUCCACUGGGAGAGCCCACGAGCGGGGCCGGGACAUGGACUCAGUGGACUUUGAAGAUGUGGCUGUGGACUUCACAGUGGAGGAGUGGGACUUGCUGAGUCCUGUUCAGAGAAAACUCUACAGAGAUGUGAUGCUGGAAACCUUCAAGAACUUGGCCUCAGUGGAUAAUGAGACUCAACUUAAAACCAAUGGGUCAAUUUCUCAGCAGGAUAUUUUUGGAGAAAAAGUAUCUAUUGAACAGAAAAUAGCAAGGUUCAAAAGAAAUGAUACCUGGGCCUCCCUUUUAAGAAAAAAUUGGGAAGACUAUAGCAUUAAAGAUAAGCACAAAAACAAGGGGAGAUACUUGAGAAUUGAAAUGGUGGCAAGAUCAUGUAAAAAUAGUAAAGAUAAUGAGCAUUGCAGAACCUUCAGCAAGAUCCCAAAUUUUAAGCUGCACAAGAAACGUCUUGGCAGAGUAAAGAGGUAUGAAUGCAAUCAGUGUGGAAAUGUCUUUACCCAUUCUUCAUCCCUUAUGAGACACAAAAGAAGUCACAGUGGACAAAAACUGUAUCGAUGUAAGGAAUGUGGGAAAGCCUUCAGUCGUUCUUCAUACCUAUGGAUUCAUGUGAAAACUCACAGUGGAGAGAAACCCUAUGCAUGUAAAUUUUGUGGGAAAACAUUUCUUCGUUUCUAUUCUCUCACUGAACAUAUAAGGAUUCACACUGGAGAGAAACCCUAUGAAUGUAAGGAGUGUGGGAAAGCCUUCAGUUGCCCCAAAUCUUUUCGAUCACAUGUGAUGAUGCACAGUGGAGGGAAACCGUAUGAAUGUAAGCCAUGUGGGAAAGCCUUCAGUUGCCAAAAGUCCUUUAGAGUACAUAUGAUAAUGCACACUGGAAAGAGACCCUAUGAAUGCAAGCAGUGUGGGAAAGCCUACUGUUGGCUUACAUCCUUCCAAAGGCAUGUGAGAAUUCACAAUGGAGAGAAACCCUAUAAAUGUGAAAAAUGUGGGAAAGCAUUUGGUUGGCCUUCAUCCUUACACAAGCAUGUGAGAAUGCACACUAGCAAGAAAACUAUAAAUGUAAGCAGUGUGAAAAAGCCUUCAGUUGGGCCUCAUCCUUCCAAAAAUGUAGGAAAGAAGACUGGAGAGAAUGUCUAUAAAUGUGAAAAAUGUGGGAAAACAUUUGGUUGGUCCUCAUCCUUACACAAACAUGCGAGAAAGCACACUGGAGAGAAACCUAUAAAUGUGAACAAUGUGGUAAAGCCUUCAGUUGGGCCUCAUCCUUCCAAAAAUGUAGGAAAGAAGACUGGAGAGAAUGUCUACAAAUGUGAAAAAUGUGGGAAAACAUUUGGUUGGUCCUCAUCUUUACGCAAACAUGUGAGAAAGCACACUGGAGAGAAACCUAUAAAUGUGAACAAUGUGGGAAAGCCUUCAGUUGGGCCUCUUCCUUCCAAAAAUGUAAGAAUGGAGAGAAGCCCUAUAAAUGUGAAAAAUGUGAGAAAGCUUUUAGUUGUCCCAAAUCCUUUCAAGGUCAUGUGAGAAAUCACACUAGAAAGAAACCCUAUAAAUCUAAGUAGUGUGGGAAAUCCUAUGCAAAUAAUUCAUGUAUAAUGAUUCAGAAAAUUCACACCAGGGGAGAAAUCUUAUAAAAAUUAUACAUAUAGUAUUACCUAGAUCAGUAACACACACUAAAAGUAGAGCUCUAGCAAAUGAAUUUCCAGUUCUCUUGCAGAUAAAGAUUAAGGUGAGGAUUCUCUAAGUGCUCUUUCAUCUAUACUACAUAAAUUUUGAUAAUAAUGUUUUUCCUUAUGAAUUCAGUGAAUAAUUUUUCUCUUUCCAUUUAGAAGUGUGUUGCACCCAUGGGUGAUUUAAAUUGUAUUUUUAAUUUUCAUUAAGUUUAAUUUUUACAUAGAUUUUUGGCUGUUCUGUAAGUUUGAGGUGAUUAGACAAUGAAACAUUGAUAUCUGUUGGCAUUUUCUGACUGGCCCUAUGUGUUCCAAACUGGAUAUCACUUACCUAUUACUUAUACCCCAACUUUCUAUUUUACUAGAAAUCCAACAAUUUUUAAUGUUAAAACAUUUUAUUUACAUAAACUAUCUGUUCUCAGUGACUUAAAUUUCUUGGUCAGAGGAUCCUUCUUCCAUUUUGCUGGCUGGCUAAGAAAUAGGUGGUAGAAAUUUGUAAGUAUGAAAAAGUCUUGAAACAGUAUAGUCUCCUAUGAACUAUUAUUUUCAUCAGUUGCUGUUUGCUCCGUGUCCUGGUUAUGGCUGGGAAUUGGAUAAUAAGUUUGAGUUACAAAGAGAGGCCUAUUAUAUAGCAAUGAAAUCCUGAGGAGUAAAUGGUUCUGCUGGAUUGUGUUAUAUCAACAUAGGUAAGACUAGGAAGUACAUUUCCCAAGAUGCCUUCUCUAUAUGGCUCCAUGUUAGAAUCCCAUAAUAUCCCAACUUGCAUGAAAUUUGGAAGAAGCAAUUAUUCAGUGUAUGGAGCCACCACCAUACAGGAUAGAUGGAUGCAUAGGGACUGUGGAAACCAGGGUAUAACUUAUACAUAUCAACUGCUUGACUUCCAUUAUUUCAGAGGUGUAGGCUUCCACAAACAGCCCCACCAGAUUUCCCAUCAUGGGUGCACCACAGUGCAUGGUCAGACAUCCCACAGUUUGGAUUUUUCUAUGAGCCCUAUGCUGUCUACCAGGCUACUGAGUCAGGAUGCCAUGAUGGUUGAUCUUAUUUGAUGUUUCGACUCCCCUUUAGUGUUAUCAUAUGCAUGUAAAGUCUAGUUUGUAUGGUGAAUACCUCAUUCUCUUAAUACUUAUGCUUCUGUCUUCCUGAUUCCAUCAUAACAGAUAUGAUGGUACAGCCAUAAAAACACAUGGGAUUGUUUCCCUAUUGUAUCAUUGAGAGACUACCUUGACCUGGUAUUCCAUUGGAUAAGUAAACAUAUUACUGACAUAUUGGGCAUAUGGUGGGGGUUUUCUGCUAUUCAAAGCUGAAUACAAUCUCUCAGUAUGUGUUCAAUUAUUAUGUUUGAUUAUGUAUGGUUAAAACAAAAGCUUCUGUUUUAAGAAAUACCAUAUUAACUGUGUUUUCAAAUAAGUUGUAUACUAUGUAAAUAUAUAAAAUGUUUCUGAUAAAUAGCCUAUUAACUGUGUUUUCAAAUAAGUUGUGUACUAACAAAUGUCAAUUUCUAUUUUUCAUUUACUCAAAGCUGUAUAAAAUAUUGAAAGUAUGAAUUGCCAAAUCAACUUUGUAACUUUGUGAAUUUAAGCAUUAUACAUUGUUAAUCAAUAUUAUCAGGUAUAUUCAGAGGCCAACAGACACUGUUGCUAUUUCGAAUGUGGGGAGACAACCCUUCACUUUCUACAGAUCAAGUGGAUGUGAGCCUGUGAGUUUGGAUAAAUGGAAAGAGUACCCACACAAGGCGUGUGUGUAUACAUGUACCAGUAUUCCAAAAAGCAUUUAUUUCCAUAUGUAUAAUAGGCUUUGUGCUAUAUGCUGUUGAUUUAUAUGUGAUCAUAACAGAGGAAAUACUCCUGCCCUCUUGGAGCUGAAAUUCUACAAGGGAAAAAUAGAUACAUAAGUAAAAUAUAUGGUAUAUGGUGGCAACUCUUAAGGAGAAAAAUAAGCCAGGGGAGAUGUGCAGAGAGUCUGUGCUGUGUUUGUAUCACAAGGAAAUCUGUUAGUUUCUCUGAGACCAUUAUUUCUAAGAAUGUGUCUACCUGUGUGUCUCAAGUGCCAAAGUCUGGGUGAUUACAUUUUUAGUGCACCAUCAGUAAAUCUUGGUUUUAUCUAGUCUGAAAGAAAAUUAAACCCAAGUCACAAAGGACAAGUGUAUUCUUUUGACUGUGCUCUAAAAACUACAAGUUGGUGACCUUUAUAGUCUUGUAAACAGCCCUUCAUCAAUUAGUUGUUUUAGGGAGUGUGCAUUUUCAUUAGUUAUCACUAGGAGGCAGCAGAGAGCAUGUUUCAGAAUUUAAUAGAAGGUUAAGCCGGCUCUAGCAAGUGAAGCCAAUGACUGUGGUUACUGCGUGUGUAAUCUUUAGGAUGCUGCUCAGGCCAAAGCUAUAACUGAUGCAGCCCACUCCCUCUACACACACAUGGAGCCCAGGAAUCUUUGCAAAGUCCUUUACCUAUGAAAUCCUGUCAAAUGGCUGGCAGUGUAGGCUGACAUUUAGUGCUGUCUGCCUUAUUUUCCCCAUUUUGGCACCACCCUCCAACCAUAGGGACUCGUAGGGUCUUCUCUAUGUGAUAUAAACUUAACCAACCUGGUGACUUCUCCCCAUUUGUCCAUGAUCAUUCCUAGCCAUGAACACUGAGUCAUAUUCUUGCCUCUGCCCCUUAGUCAGGAACUUUACACAAAAAUAAAAUGUA